AUGGACUCUCCCAUUGUGACGCAGCUGUUUCGGCAGCUGUUUCGACAUCGGCCGCGGGGAUGCCAGGGCCAUUUGCCCACCACGACAACGCUACGCAACGGCCUCAGCCAGAGCAAUCGACGGAGUGCAGCAGCAGCUGGCAGCAAUAACCACCACUACUACAAUGGGCGCGGAUACGCCACGAGAGCGUCCAUUGACCGUGGAAUGAAAAAGAAUGAAAGUCGCUGGCAGCAACGGACGCAUAUCCUGCCCGAGGACCGCAGCGAGGAGUUUGCGAAAUACCCAUACAUUUCCAUGCAGGAGCUGAAGCAGCGAACGGAGCGUCCGCGCAAAGUCAAGAUGCUGCUGCGAGACUUUAUCGAGGACUCCCUCUACAACCCUUCAUACGGUUACUUUUCCAAGCAGGCCGUCAUCUUCAGCCCCGGCGACCCAUUCGACUUCAACGCCAUGCGCGACGAGAUCGAGUUCCAGGGGGAGGUCGGGCGGCGCUACACCGAGUUCGAGGACGCCCUCGACGAGGCCGAAGGCGUAAGCCCGACGCGGCAGCUCUGGCACACGCCGACGGAGCUCUUCCGCCCCUUUUACGGCGAGGCCAUCGCGCGCUACCUCGUCUCCAACUACCGCCUCACGGCCUACCCCUACCACGACCUCAUCCUCUACGAGAUGGGCGCCGGCCGCGGCACCCUCAUGCUCAACAUCCUCGACUACAUCCGCGCCAUCGACCCGCAGGUCUACGCGCGCACGCGCUACAAUGUCAUUGAGAUCUCUCCCGCGCUCGCCGCCAUGCAGGACCACCACCUGCGCUCCACGGCCGAGUCGCGCGGCCACGCCGACAAGGUCACCAUCAUCAACCGCUCCGUCUUCGAGUGGGACCAGUACGAGCCCAGCCCCUGCUUCUUCCUCGCUAUGGAGGUCUUUGACAACUUCGCCCACGACGGCAUUCGCUACGACGUCGCCACCGAGGCGCCCCUGCAGGGCCACGUGCUCAUCGACGGCGACGGCGACUUUUACGAGUUUUACGUGCACGAGCUCGACCCCGUCGCCGCGCGCUUCUUUCGCGUGCGCCACGCCGCCACCGGCGGCGUCUACCCCCGGCCCUAUGCCGCCAGCCCGCUCCUGCGCUACCUCUCGGCCAAGAUGCCCUUUGCGGCCAACCUCUCGCAGGCGGAAUUCAUCCCCACCCGCCUCAUGCAGUUCUUUGACGUCCUGGAAAAGUACUUUCCCGCGCACCGCCUCGUCACGUCCGACUUUGACCACCUCCCGCAGGCCGUCAAGGGCCUGAAUGCGCCCGUGGUGCAGACGCGCUACAACCGACGCAUGGUGCCCGUCACGACGCCCUUGGUUCACCAAGGCUACUUUGACAUUCUCUUCCCCACAGACUUUGCCAUCACAGAGGCCAUGUACCGCGCCAUCACCGGCAAGCUCACGCGCGUCAUGUCCCACGGCGAUUUUCUGCGCCGCUGGGCCUACGUCGAGGACACGCAGACGCGGAGCGGCGAGAACCCGCUGCUGUCGCACUACAAGAAUGCGAGCGUCAUGGUGACUGCGUAA